UCCCUGUAGGCUACUGUGUCAGUGUGAGGCGUGACACUUCAGUAUGAGUAAUCCCACGCACCUUCCAUUCAAUACAUACACAGCAAGGAGACAAAUGUGACAACUUAUUGCAGUCUGACUGAAAACAAUGUGGAAAAAUAUAUUGAAUAAGGUGUUCAUCUUCCUGAUAGUGUGGAACCUGUUUAUGCCCACUGACACAAAGAACAGAAGUAGAGAAGGAAAGUCUCGGAGACGGAAACUGGAGUCUCAUGCUCGCCGGAAUGCCUCUUCUAUCAAAAUCUCCCCAGAUCCGAUGAUGACAGGUCCAGAAUCAGGAGUGAUGCCUGGUGCUGUUGAAAUUGACUUUGACAAGAGUAUCGAGGAUAUGGUGUCUCAGGUCCGAAACAAUCCCAACUUAUCCGUAAACAAAUGUGUGGUGGAUCGCAAACUUUGGAUGUCAAACAGUCGCAGCCUUUCUCCCUGGUCCUACAGAAUCAAUCACGAUGAGUCCCGUAAACCAGUGGACAUCCCGGAGGCUGUGUGCUCGUGUGAGGGCUGCAUCAAUCCAUUCACCAUGCAGGAGGAUCGCACCAUGACCAGCGCCCUCAUCCACGCCAAGAUCCCCGUGCGCAGACUGCUGUGCCAUCGGCCAACCAGGAAACCGACGAAGCAGAAGAAUUGCGUUCCCCGUUACAGAUCGGUGGUGGAGAGCAUCGCCGUGGGAUGCACGUGCAUCGUGGGCUAGCUGAAUGGAACGGACAUAUUUCAGCCUGUUUUACUGCAAAUAAAACCGGAUCCAAAUUGUGAAUAUUAUGAUUUACUGUCGGGUGAGAUGGCUGUGCAGGCGCCUUUUCUAUUUUGAAAAGGUGAUUUUAUUUAAGAUUUUGAACAUUUAAUGUUGUUAAGUAUUAAUAACUUACAUUGUGCAACACAAAUCAAAAGGGAAAAAGGUAUGUAGUAUAAUAGUAUAGGGUAACUAAGCUUAUAAUGGGGUUUAAGCUGUGCCUUUAAAAAGUAGCCUAUCAAAGUUCACAGUUGGCAGAUAAUAUAGUUGCAUUACGUUAUGUAACUGUACAGUAUUUUUAUGAAAGAAAGAUAAUUUAAUGCUGAUAUAUCUACAAUAGCCACAUUUCUAUAAUGUCCUGUGGUUUGGCACAAAUUUAUGGUAGCCUAUCAGGGUUUUUUAAGAUCGCCCUCUCCUGACCAGAAUACAGUGAUAGAAAGAGGAGACGCAUACUUUUAUGAUGUCAUGUUUGUUUUUGUUUUUUUUUUUCUUUCAUUUUAAUGUGGGGAUGGUAACUGGGUGGACACAUAACCCAAUGACGCAACUUUAAAAUACUUUUCAUAAAUAUUUUAUUUACUAUUUUUCUCUUAUUUUCCCAAAAUAUAGCCUUUAGCCUAGUUAUUUUCAGUUUGUUAAUGUAGGCUACAUAUUUGCAAAUCGAGAACUGACUAAAUCAUCUUGUCUUUACCGUAAAUAAAAUAUACGAAACAUAAAUAAAUAAACAAAUUUACUGGAUUUUUUUUCUCGGUAUGUUUUUAAGAAAUGCAUU